CAUUCUUCUUUAUUGCUCAUAUCACUAAUUAAACUACAAUAAUCCUCUUUUCUUCAACUCUUAGCUUGCUUUCUCUCUUAAUUACCUUCUCUUAUUAAUCCCCACUAAUUAUAAUUAUUGGGUAAUUAGAGAGUUUAUUAAGAGCUUUAAUUAACCAAGUUUAAGAUUUUUUGAUCAUUUAAAGCCAACAAAAACAAAGAAGAUCAAUUAUAAAGCCACUAUGAUUACUAUUCACCACCCUUGGGUUUUUGCCUUUGGCUUAUUAGGAAACAUAAUCUCUUUCAUGGUAUUCCUUGCACCACUGCCAACAUUUAUAAGGGUGUACAAGAAAAAAUCAACAGAAGGAUUCCAAUCAAUUCCAUAUGUAGUGGCAAUAUUCAGUGCCAUGUUAUGGAUCUACUAUGCUUUACUCAAAGGAAAUUCUAUGCUUCUAAUCACUAUCAAUGUUGCUGGAGUCAUUAUUGAGACCAUUUACGUUGCUAUAUUCAUUACCUAUGCUACAAGGCAAGCCAGGAUUUCAACUCUCAAGCUACUUCUAUUCUUGAAUUUUGGAGGGUUUUGUUCGAUUGUUCUAUUUUGCCAUUACUUGGUGAAAGGGGAAGUUCGACUUCAAGUGUAUGGGUGGAUAUGUGUCGCCUUCUCUAUUAGCGUUUUUGCAGCCCCCUUGAGUGUGAUGAGAACGGUGAUACGAACAAAAAGCGUGGAGUACUUGCCUUUCAACUUAUCCGUUUGUCUAACAUUAACAGCUACCAUUUGGUUCUUAUACGGAUUCGUCCAGAAAGAUCUCUAUAUCACUCUACCAAAUGUAGUGGGGUUUCUGUUUGGGGUGGCACAAAUGGUAUUGUAUGCAAUCUACAGAAAACAUGACAAAGCAACAGAAAAACAGAAGUUACCAGAAGUUGUAAGUCCAGUUAAACAGAAACAAGAAAUUGAUAUACCCUCAAUUAAUGCACUUCCUAACAAUACUGAGGAUGAGGAUAUUAUUCUUCCACAUGAACAUCCUCAAAAAAUUGAGGUUCUAAUUGCUACAAAAGAUUUUGAUGAAGAACACCCAAAUAUGGCCCAUCAAGAUAACUUAUAUGGGCCUCCUCAAGGUCCAUCUACCUGCAAUGUGGAUGCUGAGAAGGUUAUUGGUGGGCCCCCUGGCCCAUCAUCUGUACAAUUGGUUCAGUGUGCCGUUUGAGUAAGGGAAAAUUGAUCAAGUACCUAAAAGUUUUGGAAUUUGGAUUUUGUUUAAUUAUCUUAAUUAAUUAUCCUUUUGCUAAUUAAUCCCUUUAUAAUAAGUUAAGCAAGGGUAAUUAAUUAAAAAUUAAUGUAAAUUUUAAAGGGGGUUUUUGAUAUGGUCCACUUUUAGAGGAUGAUUUCUCUUUGUACAUUUUGUUCCUCUAAAAGUUGUUCCCAAAAGGCUCCUUUCAUUAGUAAUUAUUAUUGAGUAUGUAUGUAUGUGUCUUUUCCCUCAAUUAAUUGAGAUUUGGCUUUUUUCUAAA